GAAUAUUAGAAAUGUUGCGGAAUUGUUGAUCUCCUCGUUAUAUUAGGGUCAACCGUCAACGUAUAGACAGAAGUGGAUCACUUCCACUUCGUUUAAUUUAUACGAAGUUAAAAUUUACGACCGUUUAGAAAACAGUACUACAUGUUUCUGAUCCAUGGAAAUUGAAACGAAAGGGACAUUCGUGUCGUCCACUUUGUGAACUUAAGUUCUUUCGAACAUUGUAGUAUCUCCUUUAAAUACUUCUGAAUUGCUUAGACAGUGGGAUUAUUGUCUUUUCCCCUUUUAAUUGGAUUCCAACUGGUCUAUGGGUCAAAAGCAACCAAAAUUAAAACAAGAUGCUGUUGAAGAACUACUAAACCAAACAUCUUUUACGGAAACUGAAAUUCAAGACUGGUAUAAGGGGUUUUUGAAGGAAUGCCCAACUGGUUAUUUAUCUAUUGAUGAUUUUAAACGUGUUUAUACAAAGUUUUUCCCAUAUGGUGAAUCUAGUCGGUUCGCAGAGUAUGUAUUUCGUACAUUUGAUCAAAAUCAUGAUGGUUUGAUUGACUUUCGAGAUUUUCUAUCCUCAUUAAAUAUAACUAAUCGUGGUGAUUUAUCACAUAAAUUACGUUGGGCAUUCACGAUGUAUGAUUUAGACAAUGAUGGUUAUAUAUCAAAACAAGAUUUAAUUGAGGUUCUUACUGCUAUUUAUGCAAUGGUUGGCUCUGCUGUUGAAUUCAAUGUUACAGAUUCUACACCGGAAAAACGAGCAGAGAAAAUAUUUCAGUUGAUGGACUUAGAUAGAGAUAAUCGUUUGUCAUUAGAUGAAUUUAUAAAUGGUGUAAAAUGUGAUAAAUUAUUAAUGCGUUUGUUGACUUUCAAUACUCAUUCGUUACAUCAUCAACAUGCAGAUUGUCUAAUGAAUGGAUCAAAUGAUAACAAAGGAUGGUCAUGUACAGAUACCCAUUAUAAUAAUCAAUCUAAUGAUUAUGAUAAUACAGUCAAACCAAUUGUAAAUCAAUCAUUUCCCAAACAGAAUGUUAUUCCUGAUACCUCAGAGUCUUAAAACAGAUUCAUCUUUUUGCAUAUGAAACUAUAUAUAUAUA